CCUGCGGAGCGGCGGCGGCGGCAUGGACACGGGCGCCGGCAGGGGCUGCGGGCGCGCGGCUCCCCGCCCGGCCCAGCCGGUUCCCGGUGAGCGGCCGCCGCAGCCCCCGGGGCCCGCAGGGAGGCCGUCCCCGUCCCCGCGCCCGGCGCAAGUUGCCUCAGACCCUCUGUGAGGAGAGGCGGCGCCGGCCGGCGGGAGCGGGGCGAGGCGUGCGGGCGCGGGCGCGAUGCCUCCGGCCGGCGGUCCCCGUGCGCCGCGCCCGGCCGCGCUGCCCCGCAGCCUGUCCCGCCUGCGCCAGUGCCCGGGCCGCUCCCGCAUAGUGCUGGCGCUCGGGGCCACGCAGAUGGCGCUCGGCUGCCUCAUCGUGGCCGUCAGCUUCGCCGCGCUGGCGCUCACCACCUCGGCCCGCGUCCGCCACUCCUGCCCCUUCUGGGCCGGCUUCUCGGUGCUGCUGUCAGGACUCAUUGGCGUCGUCUCCUGGAAGAGACCCCUCUCCCUUGUGAUCACCUUUUUCAUGCUGCUCUCUGCAGUGUGCGUAAUGCUGAAUCUGGCCGGCUCCAUCCUCUCCUGUCAGAACGCUCAGCUUGUCAGCUCCCUAGAAGGCUGUCAGUUGAUUAAGUUUGACAGCGUGGAGGUGUGCGUCUGCUGCGAGACGCAGCACCAGUCGGCCGGCUGCAGCAACCUGGGGGAGACGCUGAAGCUGAACCCGCUGCGGGAGGACUGCAACGCCGUGCGGCUGACCCUCAAGGACCUCCUCUUCAGCGUGUGCGCCCUCAACGUCCUCUCCACCAUCGUGUGCGCGUUGGCCACGGCCAUGUGCUGCAUGCAGAUGGUCUCCUCCGACGUCCUGCAGAUGUUCCUGCCGCAGAGGGCGCUCUCCACCAGCCCGGCCUGCGCGACCCCGCACGGCACUGUCCUCCACCAGACCCUGGACUUCGAGGAGUUCAUCCCGCCUCUGCCCCCGCCCCCCUACUACCCUCCCGAGUACACCUGCACGCCCACGGCCGAGGCCCACAGGGGCCUGCACCUGGACUUCGCCCCCUCUCCGUUCAGCGCCUUGUACGACGUGGCCAUCCACAGCCCGGGCCUGCUCUACCCCGCGGAGCUCCCGCCGCCCUACGAGGCCGUGGUGGGCCCGGCCCCAGCCAGCCAGCUCCCGAGUGCUGACCAGCAGGGCGCCGAGACCAGUCCCCGGCACCCAGGCGCCACUGGAGGCUGCAGCGCCCGAGUGACUGCCAACAGCACGAGCCUCUCAGCAUCUGAGGGUGUCACCGCACCAGACCCAAGCCACCUGUCCCCUGAUGGCCCUGCGGGUGCCCCGCCACCAGUCCCCCACCCCAGCCUCGCAUGCCCCGAAGGCCCUGACCGGGGUGCACGGGCACGUCUGGGUGCUAGUCGCGUGACCCGCUCCACCAGCGACCCCACCUCAUGCUCAUCCUGGGCAGCAGACGAUGCCUGCCGCCACCAGGACCCUGACGCAGGACCGUCUCCGGCUGCUCUGGGGACCGUUUCCCGGUCUCACUCUGUCGCGCCUGCCUGUGCCCGUCGGCACCGGCCUGUGCCUCCCCUGGAGCCAGAUGCCUGGAAAAGCCAGCAGCACGUGGUGCCGGAGGCCUCACGGGUGGUCUCCAAAGAGCGGCCGCGCUCGGCGGCGGACGGCACAGCCCAUGCAGACGCCAGGGUCUCGGUGGCUAAGUUUUUGGAACACGCCAGCCACGCCCUACCCCCCGAGACACGGCACGCGGCAGUAACGUCCGAGGAGUGCCACCGUCCACGCGGCUGCUCUGGACCGGGUGUGAAGCGGUCACCAGUCUAGACGGGGCCUCGGACAGGCGGGCAGCAGAGCAGCCUUGCUGGAAACCAGUGCGCGUGUGGGGAGAGGCCGGCGGCCCAGGGGGCCACGGGGUGGCUUGGGGGCUGCUGCUGCCGCUCUCAGUUGUCUUCCUGGGGGUGACGCAGAGCAGGAGGGUCCUCUCCUGUCCCUCGUGGACUCUACGGUUGUCAAGCAGGCGGCACUUUGCACUGAUCGGCGCCACGAGAACCUGGUGGCAGGUGACAGUCACGGAAUGGAGACACAGUGUUUUCAAACCCAGGGCCGUGGAACCCGGACUCCCUUCACCCCCGACCCCCGUUUGCCGUGGCAUUAAGGGGACGGGGGUGACAUCCAGUGACAAGGCUGUGUUCCCGUGCGCUGUUCUCCCUGGGUCCUCAGCCUCGCGUCUGCGCUGGGCCCACGCGCCGCCCGAGGGACUGUAGGCUGCCGCGCGCACCACCGUAGGGAGGGCCUGCUGUGGCCGGGCAGUGACGGGUGUGGCGAGGGGUUUGUGGGAACCCCCUGUGGAGUGCCACCCCCUGUGGAGUGCCUCCCCCUCCAGCGCCCUCUGCACUAACUGGCUCAAGUGCUACCGAGCAGCGGAUGCACGUCACUGAAUUCAGAGUCGCGAGCCCUGGUGAGAAGCCCACUUUCCGGGUUUUCUCGGUGUCCGGGGGACGAGGCCUGGUGUCCCCGACCUGUGCGUCUCCUGAGAAAGCGGGUCUCUGGGGGCCCGGCCGUGUCUUCACGCGCACACAUCUACCGGGUCGGGUCUGCGGGAGCAGGCAGGCCCAGCCUCCUCUGGCCGGCAGCUGGGGCACCUUGAACUUGGGCACUUCGGCAGCACUAGUGGUGGCCACUGCCCAGCGGUAGCCUUGGAGCACUUUCUGCAGCCAGGGGCACGCCUGCAGCUGCACCACCCACAACAGCCGCCACCAGCACCUGGACCUCCGCUGCAGCCAGUGGACCCUUGGAGGGACAAGGCGACGAGCCUUGGCAGGAGGAGGGCUGGCCGGUGCCCGCUGUGCUUGGUGUCCGUGUCUGUGUCCUUGGAAGCUGAGGAGGGGACGCUGAGCCCCCUGUGGCACCAGGGACCAUGGAGGCGGGAAGGACGCCGCUGUGCCCUCAGCAGUGGGCACUUGGACUGACCUGUCACCGCCGCCCACGGGCAGGAGAGCCGGAGCUGUGGGUCCCGCCUUCUGACGACAACCAGACAGGUGGCCCGGAGGUAAACUUCAGAGCACUUUAUUCAGAUACAACACGGGACACUUUACUGAGAGGAUGACACGGGAAGUCUGUUCUCUAAUUUUCCUCAGUGGAGGGCUUUUCAAGUCCCCCAAAGCCAGUCCCUCGGCGACGUUUCCAAGGGGCAUCCCCUGAGGUCUGCCGGCAGCGCCCGACACCCUGGUCUUGGGGGAGGCCCUGUCCGGUGCCUCCUGUGUCCCAGGGUCCCUGGGCCGGGCCCCCGGGGGCUGUGUGCUUGGCGGCCAGCCCUGACCCCUCCCACCCCCACCUCUCGGGCUCGCCCCAGCACACUGUCCCUACUGAGCACCGGGGUGAGGGGACCCCCAGGAGAUUGGCCUGGUGCUGUCAUUUGCUGCUUCUCCCUCCUUCUCUGCCCUCCGCCCCCGCCGCCCCUUAAAGGCAAAGCAGGUGUCUGGCCGGAAGCCCACGCUCCCAGCCCCUCUGGGGGCCCCGCCCACAGCCCUCGGCUCAGGUCUGGGUUUGCGCUGACACAGCUAGGCUCCCCCAGCCCGGGUCCCUUGUGGCCUGAGGGCCCAGGCUUCUGGGAAAGGUCCUGGGAAGAGGGGUGCAGUCAGAACAGGCCGGGACCCCACUCACCGGCUCUGGAACCCUCAGCCCUGCUCUGCUCAGCGGCACUGGGAGCCGGAGCCCCGGACCACGUGGGUGGGGCACCAAGGGAUGGCUGACCCCCACCCGCAGGGACCCCUGUCUACACAGGCCUGGGUGCUCUCGCGGCCCCCUCCCAUGACCCAGAGGGGAGGACCGCAGCCUGUGUGAACUCUAUUUGACCCCGGCCUGGGGACGGGGAGACGCUCUGGGGGUGGGGGCACUCCCUCCACCAGGGCCUCAGGUCCCCCCCACGGCUGGCCACCACGGGGCGAGUUCCCUGCCUGCGAGAAACCGAGUCACGGAACGCUCAUUUCAAACGUACGUUUGCCCCUCCCCUGCCGUAUCGCUUCACAGAUGCUGCUGUCGAGGCACAAUUUACAGGAAAUGGUUUCCAAGCCCCAGGAGGGCCAUCGGUACACUGGAAGGUUGUAUUUAUUUAAUGUACCUCAAGGUGUUUUCACAAUGGUCGGUGUUUUAAUAAAAACUCUCUCCGGC